GAUGUUUGUCGUUUUUCGAUGCAUCUGUUGCAUCCGGAAAUACAUGAUUUACUUGGCGUCACGCACCCAACUGGAUUUUUGCUGCAUGGGCCACCUGGCUGCGGGAAGACGCUUUUCGCUGAAGCGGAAUUCGGCUUACCUGUUUUAAAAGUGGCAUCGACUGAAGUGGUUUCUGGAGUGUCCGGAGAAACGGAGCAAAAAAUACGGUUAUUGUUUGAAAAGGCAGGAGAAGUGGCGCCGUGCGUUUUACUUUUGGAUGAAAUUGAUGCAAUAGCACCGAAACGUGAAAAUGCGCAGCGUGAAAUGGAACGGCGUAUUGUAUCGCAAAUUGCUUCAUGUCUUGAUGAGCUGUCAAAUCCGAGAAGAAGCGUGGAGCUGGCUGAUCAGCCAGAUUUGGAUAGUUUGGUGGAGAAAUGUUCCAGGAAGAAAUUGGUUCUUGUGAUCGGUAUAGUUUGUGCUUCUAUUCAUUAUCCGAUAUCGUUGGUUGAGGGGCUUAUCUUCCGCAUGUCUGGCUCGUGUACUUUGUCCAGCUGCCAUUCCUUCCGUAGCAGAUAA